AGAGCUAUUGUGCUGUAAUGUCUUCAGCGUCUCCGCUUUGGACACAGAAAUAAAGCAAAAAUAAAAGUUUGUGGAACUUUUUUUGGGGAGAUAUUUGCAGGAGCGCCACAACGUUCAGCUGUUGACAACCCGGGCGUUUGAUAAGAAGUGUCCUCAUUCGACUAAAAAUAACUUGGGAACUUUCUCACAACUGUACCGCUAUGAAGAGGGCACUGUGCUACGCAUCAGGCUGAAGCUCUCUCUGCAAACAGGUGAAGUUCUGACAUCUUUUAAGGUAUUUGAGGUCGAGGCAUGCCGGCACCACCCCCUCCUCCUCCGCCAGUGGCCCCGCCACCUCCACCACCACCUAGUGCCCCCCUGCCACAGUGUCCAUUAGAGCCUCCCAAGCUGCAAUUUUGUGGAGGAGUAGGAGGAGGUGGUGGAGGAGGUGGAAGGAAUGCCCUGUUGGCUGACAUCCAGAAAGGAACCAAGCUCAGGAAAGUCACGCAGGUCAAUGACCGCAGCGCCCCUGUCGUCAGUAAUUCCAAGGCUAGCACUGGAGAUGUAGCUGGAAAUGCUGGUGCUCCUCAGGCCUCAUCAGGUGGGAUGGCACCUGUGGGACCGUCUUUGAGUGGGCUAUUUGCUGCAGGGUUCCCCACACUCAGGCCUAUAGGACAAAGAGACUUAGCAGGCAAAACCCAAGUGUCUCGAUCGAGCUCAUCGGUCUCCCUGAAGCCGCUGUGGAACCCUCCUUCAUCGUCCGACUCCAGCAGCCUUGCUGAACCCGACAGGAAAGCGGAGCUCCAAAUUUCCAUCAACCGCCUGCUCGCCCCCUCGGUCUCUGCUCCUCCCUCCCCUUCUUACAGCAGCAAGCACCCACUUUCUUUCCCUGCUUCCACUCCCCCUCCACCUGUCCCUCCCUCUGCUCCUCUCCCACUUCAUGGCUCCCAGGACCGGCCAGGUAACAAGCCCCCCCCUCUUCCCUCCUGCCCUCCCCCUCCCCCUCCACACCAGUCUACCAAGCCCACUUGGCUCCCCGUCCAGCACUCACAACACACAUCUGUCACCCAGCCCUCUCCUCCUCCUCCACCACCACCAACUGUCCAGCCUCUAUCAGCUGUCCCAGGGGACCGUUCCUCAGGGUGUUUCUACUCUCCACCUUCACCUGUAGUCUACCCUGAAACUUCAAGGUUCCCCAUUCUUCGUGACAGCCCUCUGGGACCUCCUCCUCCUCCACCACCUCCUCCUCCCCCUCUCCCAGCUUCCUUUACACCAAGCUGCCCGACCACCCUACCUCCACCACCACCCAAGGUGGCUCCAGUGCCCUCCCCAGCCAUGCGCACUCUGCCUCCCUCAUACCCUUGCAACGCUCCCACUAGACGGCCACCAGCUGUGCCCAGGAGUGCAGGUGUGGGUCGGCUGGCUCCUCCUCCAGCUCCUCCUGCCCGGUCUCCCACCACAGAGUUGUCUACCCGCAUUCCUCCUCCUCCUCCUCCUCCCCUGCCCCCAUCCAGUCUCAGGAAUGGACAUCUUCACAGCUUAGCGGAUGACUUUGAAUCAAAGUUCCAGUUCCACCCAGUAGAAGACUUACCCCCACCCGACGAAUUCAAGCCUUUUCCACGGAUCUACCCCAGCAAAGAAAACAGAGUGAACCCCAACCCCCCAGGGAUCAGGACACACCUCCGAUGAGUCAGGAUCUCAGCACCCUGACACACAGCAAAAAGAAAAAUCUCAGUAUUCCUUCUCCUUCUUAUGACUGCUCAUGAUCAUAAUGACACUACCAUGGACUUGCGUGGAUAGAGGCUUUGUGUGUGGUUGUGCAUAUGCAACUGUCAAACAGGGACCCAUCUUAUUCUAUGUGACCUCUGACCUUUUCAAGUGUGGAAUGUUUUGUAUGUGUGAGAGGAGGAGAAGGGCUCGCCCUACUCAUGCUCAUAAGCUGCAUACAGACUCUCUACACAGGCUACAAGAACAGCGUUUUCCAUUAACCAUAACAUGACUGUUGACACAGUUUGUAAUAUGUUACACAUUGCCUCUAUACACUUGUACAAAUUUGCAUUCAAGCAGGCUUUUUUUUGUUACUGCAGUAACUACCACUGUGUUGCUAUAGACAAGCAAACAUACCUCAGUCUCAGCUCUUUGCCUUGUGGAGGUAAUUAGGCAACUAGGUGUACCAUUUUCUCUCCCUCAUGUAUUAACCAACACUAACACACGGGAAGACAGCGCCACCUGCUGGUUCAAUCUGUCAUCAACAAAUAAACCAAAGCGACUUAAAACUUUACACAGCCACUGGACUGUUUUGAAAGUAAAAACUAAUAAAUGUAUCUUCCUUAAA